AGGCAAGAUGAGUUACAGCCUGGCCUUUCUGCUGGCCCUUUUGCUUUGCCUUGGCUCUGCCUCCAGGAGUUCAGAGACUAUGAAUUCCACUUCUUCCCCAGAGUUGGCAAUAACACCCUACGUUACAACCCCAGAAGCCACAUCUUGGGCAGAAGGUGGUACUGUGUCACAGUCAUUUUCCAAUUUCACCGGCUCUGUGGACAGUCAUGGGACCUGCCAGUGCUCCGUUUCCCUGCCAGACACGGCCUUCCCCGCUGACAGGGUGGAGCGUUUGGAGUUCACAGCUCACAUCCUUUCUCAGAAGUUCGAGAAAGAGUUUUCUAAGGUGAAGGAGUAUGUCCAGCUAAUCAGUGUGUAUGAGAAGAAACUCCUGAACUUGACUGUCCGAGUAGAGGACAUGGAGAAGGACAGUAUUUCUUACACAGAACUAGACUUUGAGCUGAUCAAACUGGAAGUGAAGGAGAUGCAUAAACUGGUCAUACAGCUGAAGGAGAAUUUUGUUGGAAGCACAGAAAUUAUUGACAAGCUGGAAGUGGAGAUAAGGAAUAUGACUCUCCUGGUAGAGAAGCUAGAGACGCUAGACCAAAACAAUGUCCUUAGCAUUCGCCGGCAAAUCUUGGCUCUGAAGACCAAGCUGAAAGAAUGUGAAGCCUCUAAAAGCGAGCUUGUGCCUGCCACGCCCCCUCCUCCUGCUCCUGGUAAGCCUGCUCUAUAUAUAGUUGCUGGAAGGACACUCUAGUUCCUGAAAAUCCGAUGCUUUGUUCUCUUCCACCAGCACAUGUAAAAUGAUUCACUAGCCCUUGGAAGCUGUAGUCAUGGUGGUGUGGUGAACAUCAGCGCUCCCUCUGUGGUUCAGCUUAACUGGCAAGGUUUUAGUUUUAAAUAUGGUGCCUGGGGUCGAGAUUACUCUCCUCAGCAGCCAGAGAGAACCCUGUACUGGGUGGCACCUCUGAAUUCAGAUGGGAGGUAUCUAGAAUAUUACAGACUUUAUAACUCACUGGAUAACCUGUUAAUCUAUUCGCACGCUCGAGAGUAUCGGAUUCGCUAUGGCCAAGGGAGUGGUACAGUAGCAUACAACAACAACCUGUAUGUGAAUUGGUACAAUGGGAGGAACAUUGCCAAAAUUAACCUGACUUCCAAUGUAGUUACUGUGAAUCAGCCUCUCCCUAUGGCUGCCUAUAAUAACCGCUUCUCUUAUGCCAAUGUGAAUUGGCAAGACAUUGACUUAGCUGUGGAUGAGCAAGCACUGUGGGUGAUUUAUGCAACCGAGGACAGCACUGGCAACAUAGUGAUCAGUAAACUCAACGAUACCUCUCUUGAGGUGCUAAGCACAUGGGUUACCAAGCAGUACAAACCAUCUGUUUCUAAUGCCUUCAUGGUAUGUGGAGUUCUUUAUGCUACCCGCACUUUGAACACCAGAACAGAGGAGAUAUUUUACUACUAUGACACAAACACAGGGAGGGAAGGCUCUCUAGCCAUCCCAAUGAGAAAGAUGCAGGAAAGAAUUCAGAGCAUUAAUUAUCAUCCCUUCGACCAAAAACUUUAUGUCUACAAUGAUGGUUAUCUUCUAAAUUAUGAUCUUGUUUUCUUACAGGAGCCCAGGCAUCCUGUCUAGGUGUUAGGGUGAAGGAGAAAUAAAAGUGGAUUGAAAACAGCCUUCUCCACAUACUUAGACAUCUGCAGGGAAAUCCGGGAGUGUGUUUCUUUAGGAGUGAUGUGUAGUAGAGAUACAGUUCUAUCACAAUAGAGACAUAGUAUAUUUCUCUCAAUUUGAUUUCUUUGGGGAACUAUCAUCCCCUUUGGAUGAAUUUAACAAUGGAAAUAAGUUCCUUCCAGAUGAAGUUCUCAGAGGUUAGGGGUACUAUGAGUCUACUGAAGUUUCUAGUGAGGUGAAAUCUGGAAAUUAAGGAAGUUAAGGGGAACUCAGUAUGAACUCUGGGGAUUCUUUCUCUAGGAAAUUCUCAUAGUGAUCAGCCAUUCGCCAUGUAGCUCAUGGACUUGUCCAUGGAGGAAAGGAAACUGGGGCUUAAUUAGGUAGAUUAGCAUCAGAAGGUGAAUGAGAGGCCAACUGCCUACCUUUGUUUUUCUCACUAGCUCCUGGAACCUGCUUUGUGCAUCCUAGAUCGGUAAAUUUGGCAUCUUAAAUGAUGUCUGUUAGACAUUUUGAGUUUUCUGGAGACGAACCUUUUGUACAUUAAGUUAUAUACUGAAAAUCAGUCCUGGAGGGGUUUUCAAAUUAUAUACUUGGCUUUUUCUUUCUCUCAUUCUUCACUUACAUGACUCAGUAGAACCGUCCACCUCAUAAUUCAGUUUCCAAGGCAGCCAUAAUAUUAGAAGUGGACUUAGAGAAAGACCAGUUGUCUUUCUCUACUGCUGCUUAUAUGUUUAAGAAAAAAAUUAAUUAGUUUUCCAUGGGACAGAUAUGAGAUAAAAGUUACUUUUAUUUUAUCAUGCAAUUUUGGUUUCCAUAGCUCCAUGACUAAAAGAAGUCAGUUGACAGUGGCAAAGUGGUAGCAUUUCCGGUGAGACGUUGAAGAUCUUGGAGUCAGUGGUACCGCUUGUUUUAUGUAAUUUCUAUCUUUAAGCCUGGAAUUUGUAAGAAAGUAAAAUGUUUUUUCUAGAAAAUGAUAUAGAGAAACUCCUUGAGGUAUCUGGUUAGCCAAUGUAGUGGUGGAGAGCCUGGUGGGUGCAGAUGUUCCAGUUACUUCAGACGGCUCCAUCAUAUAGUCUUGGCUAUUUUCCACUGAUGUUCAAAUCCUAAUUUUUAAA